GGACAGUGACGGGUAGGAGUGGCCGGGGAGGUUGCAGUGACUGGCGGACUCCCUGUCGGCGGCUUGCGGCAGCGUCGACACUUCCUGUCAGCCGCUCGAUCAGAGCAGAGCCGAAGCGAGGGCGGAGGAGGCGAGACGCGGAGUGGAGCGGGAUGGCAGAGAACAGCUCCGAGACAAGCGGCUCCGUACACCGGAGAUGUCCGACCCAUUCUUCCCCGGGGGUCGGAGCCUCCAAGUGGAUCCGGCUAAAUGUCGGAGGGACGUAUUUUUUAACAACGAGGCAGACGCUGUGCCGAGACCCGAAAUCCUUUCUGUUCAGGCUGAGCCAGGCUGAUCCGGAGCUCGAUUCCGACAAGGAUGAAACUGGUGCCUAUCUCAUCGACAGAGACCCCACUUACUUUGGGCCAGUGCUGAACUACCUGAGGCAUGGCAAACUGGUGCUCAACCGGGACUUGGCGGAGGAAGGAGUUUUGGAGGAAGCCGAGUUCUAUAACAUCACAUCAUUAAUAAAACUCAUCAAGGACAAGAUCAGGGAACGGGACUGCAAAACAUCACAGGUUCCAGUGAAGCACGUGUACCGGGUUCUCCAGUGCCAGGAGGAGGAGCUGACCCAGAUGGUGUCCACCAUGUCUGACGGCUGGAAGUUCGAGCAGCUUGUCAGUAUAGGUUACGGGCGGGCCCACCAGGCAGAGUAUCUGCUGAUUGUGUCAAGGGAGGUGAAGGGAGAGGAGUCUGCUUUGCCAAACAACAGCGGAGAGCUCGUCAGCAUCGGUUCCUCCUAUAACUAUGGAAACGAAGACCAGGCUGAGUUCCUGUGCGUGGUUUCCAAGGAGCUGCACAACCAGUCGUACGGGACCAACAGCGAGCCCAGCGAGAAGGCAAAGAUUCUCCAGGAGCGAGGAUCCCGGAUGUGAGGCGGACUCAGUAUUAGGAGCUCCAGGUGUUUUCAUCCAGAUGUAUCAUAUCAGUGGAAGAGCGUUGAGCACAAACAGAGUUUUUGGGGGGCGGCGUGCAUUUAUUCGUCUUCCCUCCACUGUUUUUGUUUUUAUUUCUCAAUGUAAAUAAGUCUGUUUACUGACAAGUUGUGCCUGUACAUUUAAACUGGACCUUUUUGCUUUUUUUGAAUUGGCGGCAAGUAUUUUAUUUUGCUUUUUUCUUAUCUGAAAGUGAGGAAUUGUAAUCGACUGUUUUAUGCUAUAAAAUAUGGCCGCCAUCAUAUAGGGCCAAGGAGUCACUCAGGGUCAUCUAAUGAGUUUCUGUCUUUCACCUGGAGGCUCUAGUAAGGGAUCAGUUUGGUUUUUAACACCAAGUAUGACAGGAAAUCAAUGCUUGGAGGGUCAAGAAGGGAAUUUUGAACCAUAAAAAGUUAGUUCAGCCUGUUGGACGCUAAUCAAAUGUUUAUCCAAAGAUCUCAACUCUUAGUCUGAGCUCACCGGGUCCCAGGGAUUAUUAUUCCACUCACUAUUAUUAUCAAUAUGAAGAAAACGAAGGAGUCGCUGUGAUGUGGCUGAGUAGGUAAAGGGGCAUUACACCUAAAGCUCCCCUCUUACAUCAGGAUCUCACACGUUGGGUCGGUUAGAAACCGUCAUCAGGUCCAGAUCCAUUAGUGAGCGUGGGCCGGUAGGAAACUGUGUUUUGAAAAUUAUUUUUCUUUUCUUUUUGACAUCUUUAUUUUAUUUUUAAUUUAUGUUUUUAUUUUUGAUUUCUUUA